AUGUUUUUUUGUGUUCCUCUGUCUGCAGGCGUUGCAGCCCAACACUCCCAGUGCUUCGCUGCCUGGUACGGCCACUGCCCCGGCCUCAAAGUAGUCAGCCCCUGGAACUCCGAGGACGCCAGAGGUCUCCUCAAAGCAGCUAUCAGAGACGAUAACCCUGGUGAGCAAUGACCUGCGUCCCAAAUACCACCCUAUUCCCUAUAUGGUCACUACUUUAGACCAGGGGCCCAUAAGGAUAUGUUGAAAAGUAGUGCUCUACAUAGGGAAUAGGGUGUAAUUGGCCUUUUCAUGUUUCCUCACAUCCGCUCCCUCGACGGUAUUGGAUAAGGUCCAAGGCUGAUGUCCUGUAGCGUAGAUGAGGGAAUCACUGUAGAUCUGCUGGUGUCCUUUUGGUAUAGACAUUUUAAGUUCCUGUGCUGUAACCACGGUGACACUUGCUAAUCAAAACUACAUUUUCUUGUAUUUUUCCUCCAACAGUGGUGUUCCUGGAGAAUGAGUUGAUGUAUGGUGUUCCCUUCGAGCUGUCUGAGGAGGUCAUGCAUAAAGACUUUGUCGUACCUAUCGGAAAGGCCAAGGUGGAAAGACGAGGUAACUAG